AAAUCUUCUAGAUCGACCAAUCGGAGCAUUAGAUAAGCACUUGUUACAUUUAAAUACGAACGAUUGGUAGAGAAUCGUGUUGACAUCCAUUUACCAUGGAGAUGCACUCUCGUAUUACCAACAAUUGACCGAGGGAUCACUCUGAAAUAUAGCUUUAGCAAACUAAAAUGUAUUUUCUUCAAAUAAACGGGAAAUCUCAUUUAGAGGUUCUAUCACUAUGUUAAUAUGGAGAUUCAUUGGUUUUUCUUCACAUAGACUUUAUGCACACCGUAAAUUACGAAAAAGAGUGUCAAGUCGGUGUAGGAAUGUGGCACUUCAAAAUGGCUGCCAGUCACUUUAGUAAUUUACGGCUCUAUCUUUCUUUGUUAUCGCUUGUAUAAUUACGACGGUGGAUCAAGAAAGAGAACAUUUGAAUUAAUCCAAAAAUAGUGUAUCAUACGUUCAACAGGCACAUUAUAGUCGUUAAAUGGAUCUUAGAAAAACGUGAGAACGGAAUAUGCUCAGGAAUCACAUUCUCGUCACCAUUGCUUUAAAAGAACUUACUUGAAGUAUUUCUUUGGCGAACACCUUAAUUGUGUGUUGAAUAAAGUGUUCAAGAACGACAGAUUAUAUAUAGAGAGAAUUUCUAAUCAAUUAAAUAGCACCUAUGUAGAAUAGGUUAAGCUUGGAGAUGGGCCCUAUCAUGUACGAGAAUACGAUGAGCACUUCUUGAAAAUUUUGUGUACACCGAUGUCUUACUAUAGUUCUUGCAAUUUCGCACAUAAAACAUGCACGAAAUUGUAAGCCACUCGAUGGUAUAUAACAAAGCUGAUCAUUUUAUUUUCAAUCAGUAACAAGUUUAGCCAUCUGUAAUUUACAGACUGUAUCAUAGUACUUCUUCCCAUGAAUUAUAAAAAACAUAUACUUUUAAUGUGACAUUAAUGCAAGUGAAGUAUUUUCAUAACGCAGUGUUGCAUCCAACCCUUUGUGUAUUGUGGAUCACCAGACAUUAUAUCGUUUCAACUACCAUGACAACCCAGAGCAUCUAUACAAAAGUACAUUAACAUCGAUUCUGUUCUAUAUAUAUAUGCCACAGCCAGAUUAAAGCUAGGUCCCUAAGGACCUAGCAUGGGCCACUAUGAAUCCACCUGCGGUCAGCAAAUCGAGCACUCGUGGCUCUGGAUACCAUCAAAAAGCACUAGCUGAAAUCCGCAACUCUUUACUACCAUUUGCUAACAUUGGAGGAGCAGGAGAAGUUGGUUCCAGUGCAGCCAGUACAAUAUCAACCUUAUCCACAACUAGUGGUAUCAGUUCAGCAUCCGGUCUCAGUGGUCUUUCAGCUGCAUCUGGGUGCACAGAUAAACCUGAUCAACGGCAGGCAUUAGCACAGUUAUUAGCUAUGGGAUACUCAGAGGAAAUAGGGUUGCGUGCCCUCAAACUCGCAGGAUGGCGCUUAGAUGGAGCAAUAGAGUUUUUAAAACAAGCACAAGGAGAAUCUCUUAAUGGGCUUGGUAAACUUAAUACCAAGCUGAUAAGAAAGCCAAGCUUAGAAAGGGAGUUAAGUCUUCAAAGAGGAAGCCCUGCAUUAGAUAGUGGUGCAGGAAGUUCACGAUCUGACAGUCCACGUUUGACAGAACUUAGUCCACAUCCACAAUUAAGUCGACAAUAUUCACCAAGCAAUUUUGUAGAACGUGAACCACCUCCACCACCUCCUCCAAGAUGUAGUUCUACGCCGCCACCGCCACCACCACCUCAUGCUCCAUAUAGUCAACCAAAUGUACCAAGUAAUAUGCAGCAAAUGCUCAAGCGAAUGUCUCCCGCUCCAGUUGUACCGACACGACCCCCUCCAUCCGCGCCUGGUAAUUCUGGAUCUACAUCAGGAUCAGGAAAUCCACCUCAAAGGGGUACAAGUCCUGUAGCAUCGUCUAAUAGCAAUACUAAUAGCCGCCAACCAAUGAUCGUGCAGAAUGGUCCACAAGUACAACAACAAUUAUCUCAACAAAUGCAAGCACUCAGUAUCUAUCAAGCAUGCGAUAGAAAUUCAAGUACGCAGGUUGAACCUCCGCCUCCUUAUCCGAUAGUCCCUUCGUCAUCGUCUGGUCCUGUUCAACCACCAUCUUACAGUGCUUCUAUGCAAAAUAGACAAAGUCCCACACAAUCUCAACAAGACUAUCGAAAAAGUCCUUCGUCUGGUAUAUACUCUGGUCCAACAUCAGCUGGAUCACCAAGUCCUAUUACUGUGUCCACCAUAUCUCCGAGUACACAGGCAUCCAUGGCUAGACCUACACCAUUACAGGCUUGGGGAGCACGUCAAGCUAAAACUCAACCACCUAUUAUUAUGCAAUCUGUUAAAAGUACUCAAGUACAAAAACCUGUUCUACAAACAGCCAUUGCUCCAACGUCUCCUCAACCAAUUUGUACAACCAGUAAUACACCACCACCUCCUCCAUCUUAUGCUUCAUCGAUUCAACAGAAACAACAACAACAACAACCACCACCAGCAUACCCUCCUGUCAAUAACACUGGUACUGCACCAUCAAGUUCUGUAAGUGUAGGUGUUUCAGUAGGUGUGCCAACAACAGAACCCCCUAGUUAUGCUACAACGAUGCAAGCAUUAGCAGCACAACGUGGCAUACAUCAUCCACUUCCUCCUCCUCCUUACGGAACGGCCACAGAAGACACCUCUGGGAUUUCUACAGUAGAAAGUAAUUCAGCACCUCGAUCUUCUCCAAUUGCUCAUCAUCCUCCAUUACAAAGAAAAUAUUCACCAGUGGACAAUUGUCCACACUCGGUGGAGACACCACCUUUACCUCCAGUAGCAUCGACCUCUGUAUCUGCAAGAAAUAAUAAUAAUCACUCAUCUUUACCAGAUGGAAAUGGAGGAAAAGGGGGAAGUGCACCGUCAUCUUAUAAAAUUAAGCAUCAAUCUCCUAUUCCUGAACGAAAACAUAUGAGUAAAGAAAAAGAAGAAGAACGUAGGGAUUGUAAAGUUCGUAAUUAUUCUCCUCAAGCAUUCAAAUUUUUUAUGGAGCAACAUGUUGAAAAUGUACUGAAAUCUCAUAAACAACGCCUAUAUCGACGUCUUCAAUUAGAAACAGAAAUGGCUAAAAUAGGCCUGAGUGCAGAAGCACAGUGCCAAAUGAGAAAGAUGUUAUCACAAAAGGAAUCUAAUUACAUUCGAUUAAAACGUGCAAAAAUGGACAAAUCUAUGUUUACAAAAAUAAAACCUAUCGGUGUUGGUGCUUUUGGAGAGGUAACACUUGUAAGAAAGCUUGAUACUAAUCAAUUUUAUGCAAUGAAAACAUUACGCAAAGCUGAUGUACUGAACAGAAACCAGGUGGCUCAUGUUAAAGCUGAACGCGACAUUCUAGCGGAAGCUGAUAAUGAAUGGGUCGUUAAAUUAUACUAUUCGUUUCAAGAUAAGGAUAAUCUAUAUUUUGUGAUGGACUAUAUACCAGGAGGAGACUUGAUGUCUUUGCUUAUUAAAUUUGGUAUUUUUAAAGAACCAUUAGCAAGGUUUUACAUUGCUGAACUUACAUGUGCAGUUGAAAGUGUUCACAAAAUGGGAUUCAUUCACAGAGACAUUAAACCAGAUAAUAUUUUAAUUGAUCGCGAUGGACAUAUAAAACUGACAGACUUUGGACUUUGUACAGGAUUUCGCUGGACUCAUAAUUCUAAAUAUUACCAGCAAAACGGUCAUGGUAAACAAGAUUCGAUGGAUCCAGCUGACGACUGGAACAACGAGUGUCGCUGUAUUCAAUUAAAACCAUUGGAACGCAGGAGACAUAGAGAACAUCAAAGAUGUUUAGCACAUUCACUAGUUGGAACACCAAAUUAUAUUGCGCCAGAAGUGUUACAACGCACAGGAUAUACUCAGUUAUGUGACUGGUGGAGUGUGGGUGUAAUUUUAUAUGAGAUGCUAGUUGGUUCUCCACCUUUUCUUGCCAAUACACCAGCUGAGACUCAAUACAAGGUCAUUAAUUGGGAGACCACACUUCAUAUCCCUAAACAAGCAAAUCUAUCACCUGAAGGUAUGGAUUUAAUAUUAAAACUUUGCGUUGGCGCAGAUCGUCGAUUAGGUAAAAAUGCAGAUGAAGUCAAGAGUCAUCCAUUUUUUGCAAGUAUUGAUUUUGAAAAAGGGCUACGCCGACAGGUAGCACCUCACAUACCUCGCAUACAAUACCCUACAGAUACAAGUAAUUUUGAUCCUGUGGAUCCUGACAAGUUAAGAAAUUCUGAAUCCUCAGAUUCUAAUAAGUCAGACGAAUUAUUAGAUAAUGGAAAACCAUUUCACGGUUUCUUUGAAUUCACAUUUAGGCGCUUUUUUGAUGAUGGUGGUGGUCCUGCAUAUCCUAGUCGAAUAAGUUUGGAUGAUAAUGAUAAUCAAGGUCCUGUUUACGUAUGACAAUAGGCUAGUUAAAAGAAAACGAAAAAAGAAACAAAUUAUAAAUCUCAUCAGAUAUCAAAAUUAUUGGUGUCUUAAACUGCAACCAGUAUCAUAUCUUUCUAAAGUUUUUUCAGCAUUGUGUGGUUAACUAAAUUACACGAAGUCGCAAUUUUUUUUUCAACUUAUACGUAUAUGAAUACAAACGUAUCGUACUAUAUAGUUAGAAAAAAGAAAAUAUUACGUUAAAGAAAGUACACAUAUUACACUAGUGUAUUUUUCUUUUUUUUUUUUGUCAUUAUUACAGAUUUUUAUAUUUUAGAACUGAUUAUAAUUGUUUUCAUGCUUUGUUAGCGCGACUGUACUUCUCGAAUAGUACUAUAUUUGACUUAAAUCAUUAAACUUUCACAUAUCUGCAAAACUGUCCACUACACAUUGUUGUGUUUCUAUGAAAUCACAAAUUAUUAUGGGCAUUUAUAUGAAAUACCACAUCUAAAUUUUGUAUGUAUAUUGCGUCUUAAAUAAUGCCCUAUAUAAUAUAGCUUGAGUGAUCAGGAUCGUUUUCUAUUCCAUAACGUGCGAUUAUAACAUAUGGCUAAGAAAAGAGGCAGGGUAACUUUAAUGGCACAAGUUUACCUUGAUACAGUAAUGGCCAAUAGACACGAAGGGGUAGAAAUAAAAUGAUUAAUGGCUAGGCAAUAUAUUCUCAUGAAGCAUGUUUUUGCAAAUAUUUUGCUUGCCAUUUAUUUUCAUUUAGAUUGGCUUCAUAUCAGAAAGUACGUGUUUAGUACGUUUCAACGAGUACUGUGAUAUUGCAGAUAAUAAUAAUAAGAGUUAUGCGGCUUUUAAAUAUAUUGGUCCUAUUUAACAUUUUCUUUUAUAUCAAAUGCUAUGUCGAAUAUAAUUAUAAAUAAUGAUAAUAAUUAUUAUUAUUAUUAAACUAUUAAUUAUUAUACUGUAUAGAUUUGUGAAUGGAUGUAAUGUGUUCAUUGCGUAUUAUGCAGCUUUUAAUUGUCUAAACAUUUUUUAAUAUCUUCAUAUGCUAAGAAAUAUUAUUGAUGAAUUGUUACACUAUAUACAUUACAUACAUAUUUCUUAUAAACCUAAUCCCUGGAAUAUAAUUCUCGGAAUUAUUGUUAUUUGAAAGCAAAAGGGAAAAUCGUUAAUGAAGAAGUCGUAUAUUAUUUUGCACAAUAAAAUUUUGAAAUCGAAAAUUUUAAAUUAAAUAAAGGUAACUCGACUUUUGUAAAAUACUUGUAACUAAUUUCAUUGCUGGCACAGUAUCGUUUUUAUAGUCAAGUUGCCAUUGUUUAUAAAGAAACAAUUACAAUAAGAAUGUUAACAAUAGAAAGAAACUUGUAUAUAUGUAUGUAUAUAUAUAUUAUUCUAUGAAAUGAUUUAUUAUAAUCUUUGUCUUAUCGAAAGUGAGUCCAAAAUCAGAUAUAUUUUGUUAUCUAUUUCUUUCAAGCUGCAGAAAUCAAUAUUAUUUAUGUAAUGGCAAUGGUGUACCUUACAGCAUUAAAAAGUGCCUUCUUUAAAUAAUCUUGUAUUCAGGAUUAAAAUAUUCUCUUCAAAAUCUCUCUUCUGACUGCCGUUUCAUCCUGUCUUCCAACAUCAGCUCAUUUGGAGAACAAAUAUUUAAAAAUUUUUAUAUGCAGAUCAUAAAUAUUGUAUAUGAUACAAUAUAUAAGAAUUGACACAAAAUAAUAUACUAUUUUGAAACGAUUAGAAUUUAACGAAAUAACUGAUUUAUCGAGUACAAGCAAUAUUAAAAUUUAAUUAUUGCAUUACUUGACUGUUGGAAGUGGAACAGUGUACUAAUAUUGUAUGUACUAUGUACAAAGCUAAGACUAAACACUUAUCCAUACUAAUUUAUUAUUGAGGAAAACUAUAUCUUCAUUAACUGUGCCUUUGAAAUAUUAGAAAAAUAACAUCAUUGUUAUUUUUUUAAUACCUUUCAUGCUAUAAUCUAUUUUUUCAAAGUUGAAAUGUAAUAGUAAUUAGAAACGUGUAUUUCUAUAUCGUACAUUCUAUUGCCAUAAUUAAA